AUGGAUAGCACUAAAGACGAUGAUAAACUGUUGAAGAGGAUUGCAUUUCCAGGAGCUGUGUCCCUGGCUAACAGCCACAUGCACCCCCACGAGGUACCCCUGAGAGAGCCCUUUGGGGUUCCCUUCCACCUGGACCCAUCUUACUGGGAGCAAGCCUAUAGUGGGCACACAGGUCCCGUCUCCUACAUCCCAUUUCCUGGCUAUAUGGGCAUCUAUGACUAUUCCUUCGAGCCUGCCUUCAUUCGGAAGAGGAACGAGAGGGAGAGGCAGCGGGUGCGCUGCGUCAAUGAGGGCUACACGCGCCUCAGGGAGCACCUGCCCAAGGAAUUUGCUGACAAGCGCCUCAGCAAAGUGGAGACCCUGAGAGCUGCAAUAAGCUACAUCAAACACCUGCAGAGCUUGCUGGACUGCCAUCCCUUAGGCUCUUCCAGUAAGGAAAUGCUCUCUGCCAAGGAGAGCCUGGGAACUCCCAGUCCGGCUUCCCUGCGGGAGUGCAACAGUGAUGGAGAGUCCAAAACCUCUUCAGCGUCAUCCCCCUACAGCGAAUUUGAGGAGACGGGCAGCUAGGUCUCCUCUCUGGACACAGAAAGCUUCAAGUUUGGCUGAAAAACAAUUUCAA